AUGUGAAGCGAAUAAAGUAUGGAUAAUCUUCGGUCUUUUAAAGAAUGUUAUCCUCCAUGGGAAUGGUUCGUGGGUAACUUCCGUGGCUGUUGGUUAGGUCACACAUGCUCGUCCUCGCCAUGAUGUGUACCACUUUUCACGCCCAAACAGAUGUGCGCGUUCUCAGCACUUAGGAAUUCGAUUUUACUGACGCUAAGAGCCGAAAGCUCCUCGAACGGUCACGAACUCCACGACCGUCCUACCCGGUUUCACCCUCAUUUCAAACUAAGCCUGCACCUUGAAGAAAAUAUCAAACUGAUUACAGAGUGAACCACCGAUAAAUCGGCCUAAAAGCAAAAUGCCUGCUGUUUCCAAGGGAGAUGGAAUGCGCGGCCUUGCUGUUUUCAUUUCUGACAUAAGAAAUUGUAAAAGCAAGGAAGCUGAGAUCAAAAGGAUAAACAAAGAGUUGGCCAAUAUCCGCUCCAAGUUUAAAGGUGACAAGGCCCUGGAUGGCUACAGCAAGAAGAAGUACGUGUGCAAGCUCCUCUUCAUCUUCCUUUUGGGCCAUGACAUCGAUUUUGGUCACAUGGAGGCGGUCAACCUCCUGAGUUCCAACAAAUACACAGAAAAACAGAUUGGCUACCUUUUCAUCUCAGUGUUGGUAAACUCCAACAGUGAUCUUAUCAGGCUCAUCAACAAUGCCAUUAAGAAUGACCUCUCCAGCAGGAACCCCACCUUCAUGAAUCUGGCCCUUCACUGUAUAGCCAAUGUGGGCAGCCGGGAAAUGGCAGAAGCGUUUGCGGCAGAUGUGCCACGCAUCCUGGUAGCAGGGGACACAAUGGACAGUGUCAAACAGAGUGCAGCUCUUUGCUUGCUGCGCCUCAACAGAACCUCCCCAGACCUGGUCCCCAUGGGGGAGUGGACCGCUCGUGUGGUUCACCUUCUCAAUGACCAGCAUUUGGGCGUAGUGACGGCAGCCACCAGUCUUAUCACCACAUUGGCUCAGAAGAAUCCAGAUGACUUCAAGACCUCCGUCUCACUGGCCGUGGCCCGGCUCAGUCGGAUUGUCACGUCAGCUUCCACAGACCUGCAGGAUUAUACGUACUACUUUGUUGCAGCCCCCUGGUUGUCCGUGAAACUGCUGCGACUCUUACAGUGUUACCCUCCACCAGAGGAUGCUGCUAUCAGAGGGCGCCUGACUGAGUGUCUGGAAACCAUCCUCAACAAGGCCCAGGAGCCUCCCAAGUCCAAGAAAGUCCAGCACUCCAACGCCAAGAAUGCGGUGCUGUUUGAGGCCAUCAGCCUCAUCAUUCAUCACGACAGUGAGCCCACUCUGCUGGUGCGGGCGUGUAACCAGCUGGGCCAGUUCCUGCAGCACAGAGAGACCAACCUGCGCUAUUUGGCCCUGGAGAGCAUGUGCACGCUGGCCAGCUCCGAGUUCUCCCACGAGGCCGUCAAAACCCACAUCGACACAGUGAUCAACGCUCUCAAGACGGAGAGAGAUGUGAGCGUGAGGCAGCGCGCGGUGGACCUUCUCUAUGCCAUGUGUGACCGGAGCAAUGCCAAACAGAUUGUUGCAGAGAUGCUCAGUUACCUUGAGACCGCUGACUACUCUAUUAGAGAGGAAAUUGUGCUGAAGGUGGCUAUCUUGGCUGAGAAAUACGCAGUAGACUACACGUGGUACGUGGACACCAUAUUGAACCUCAUCAGAAUUGCAGGAGAUUAUGUCAGCGAGGAAGUGUGGUAUCGUGUGAUCCAGAUCGUUAUUAACAGAGACGAUGUGCAAGGCUACGCUGCUAAGACGGUCUUUGAGGCUUUGCAAGCCCCAGCCUGCCAUGAGAAUCUAGUGAAGGUCGGAGGGUACAUCUUGGGAGAAUUUGGAAAUCUUAUCGCAGGGGAUCCACGGUCCAGUCCACUAGUUCAGUUCAAUUUGCUGCACUCCAAGUUCCACCUGUGCUCGGUGCCCACUCGAGCGCUGCUGCUCUCGGCCUACAUCAAGUUCAUCAACCUGUUCCCUGAGGUGAAGGGCACCAUCCAGGAGGUGCUGCGCUCAGACAGUCAGCUCCGCAACGCAGACGUGGAGUUGCAGCAGCGCGCUGUGGAGUACCUCCGCCUCAGCUGCAUUGCCAGCACAGACAUAUUGGCCACCGUACUGGAGGAGAUGCCUCCUUUCCCAGAGCGGGAGUCAUCCAUUUUGGCCAAGCUGAAGAGGAAGAAGGGGCCUGGAACCGUGCCGGACAUCGAGGAGAAUCGCAAGGAGCGCAAUGCCAACGUCAAUGGAGGCACAAAUCAUACCACUACCACUCCAAAUGCCAAGACCUCCCCUGCAUCCUUUGUUGGGGAUCUGCUGGCUCCAGCCCCUCCCCCCACCAACCGGCCACGCCCAGUGUCCUCCUCAUCCUUCCUGCAGACCCCCCUCACCCCUCUCCCCUCUCAGGCCUGUGCUAUCCCCUUAGCAGCCUCUGCUGGAACAUUCUACCAGGUAGCCGCCGCCGCCUCCCCAGAUCUGCUGGGUUUGGGAAGCCCCAGCCCCUUGAGUUCCACCCCUCCCGCUCUCCCUCCCACUGCGGCCAGCCUGCUCAUUGAUGUGUUCUCAGAGAACAGCCCAGGAGCAGCAGCAGCAGCAGCAGCAGCAGCAGCACCCAUUGCUGUCCCGGCUGCUCCCGUAGCCGAUGAUAACUUCUCAAGCAUAACGCCAGAGUCCCUCCAUGUGGCUGAUUCAAUUCUGGCUGAUGUUCAGGAGCCAACUGACAAGUUUGUGUGCAAGAACAAUGGGGUGCUGUACGAAAACCAGCUGCUUCAGAUUGGCUUGAAGUGCGAGUAUCGGCAGAGUCUGGGUCGGAUGUAUGUGUUCUUUGGGAACAAAACAUCAACACAGUUCCUCAGUUUCGCCACCUCAGUGGUCUGCCAGGAGCCUCUUGCUUCUCAGCUCAAUGUACACCCGAAACCAGUUGAUCCCACAGUGGAUGGAGGGGCACAGCUCCAACAGAUCAUCAACAUUGAGUGUGUUUCUGACUUUGUAGAAGCAGCUGUACUCAACAUCCAGUUCAGGUAUGGAGGCAUUCUCCAGAACAUUGCUGUCAAGCUACCCAUCACUUUGAACAAGUUUUUCCAGCCCACAGAGAUGAUAUCACAAGACUUCUUCCAGCGAUGGAAACAGCUUAGCGCCCCACAACAGGAGGUCCAGAAUAUCUUCAAAGCCAAGCAUUCCAUGGACACUGAAGUCACCAAGGCAAAGAUCAUUGGCUUUGGAGUAGCUCUAUUGGAUGGGGUAGACCCUAACCCCUCCAACUUUGUAGGCGCAGGAGUCAUCCACACGAAAACUACUCAGGUGGGCUGCCUGCUUCGGCUGGAGCCCAACACACAAGCACAGAUGUAUCGUCUCACUCUGAGAACUAGCCGGGAUACUGUGUCACAGAGGCUCUGUGACCUCUUGUCAGAUCAGUUCUGAAGUGAAUGCUCUGUUCACUCAAGCCUGACAAGAUGGCCCUGCCAGCUGAGCUUAGAACAGUCUUGAACACCAUCCACCCCAACUCACUUAAUGUUUUUAGCCCCACACAAGCUUGCCUGUCUGGAUGGCACACCCUCCAAGCCAACCUGUCAAGCGUCCCUAAAUCAAAUUGUAUUCAAUGUACAGUGUAUAUUUUCCUUUUUUAUGUUUUACUUUACUAUAAAGUGUAUAUCUCUCACCACUCAGCUUUACUAACAACUCAUAGCUUUAAAUCUGUUCUCGGACAUGUCCAUGUGCACACAUAUUGAAAUCUUGCGCUUUUACAGUUGGGAGGUUUGUGUCUCAACUUAGAUGCAGGGUUUUGGGUAUUUUUAACUGGAAGAACGGGAGCUCUUACUUGGUCAUGGCUCCCCUCUUGCUGUGCAAUGACUGCAUCCAACUGUGCCUUCAUUUAAAUGAUCCAUAAUCAAGAAACAUUGUUAAAUGGAAAGACUGUUUUUUUUUUUGUUGAUGUUUAAGUUUGCUUUUAUAGAACAACUUAGGUGUCACCUGUAGAUGCACUUAUCAUUGUACGAUUCACUCCACAAACUGUUGUAUUCCCUCCAGUUACUGUGUUGCAAAGUAUUGUGUCCUUUGGCAGGCUCAGUCCUCUUGAGUCUGCUCAUUAUAUACGAUGUAAGAAUCGUCAGUAUUGUGUACUGUUGCUGCUUCAACUGUAGGGGUAGCUGAAGUGGCUGUAUUCUUAAAGUAGCAUAAAUGAUAUCUUCCCAAUGCACCCAAAAAACAGUGUCUCUUGCACUGUUGGCUGAUGGAGACACUACAUGUGAAUCUUGUAUUUAAAUUCACUAAGGACUAAGUGCCUUGUUUUUGUACUUGCCCCAAAACACAAAUGCUUCCCUUUAAGAGAAUUGUUGUGAGAGUCCAUGUGAGGUUUUUUUUAGUUUUUCGUCACAUGUACUUGAGUAAACCACUCCGGCUGCCUGUAAGAAUAUAAAGGGAUUUUAUUCCCAGUUUUCCCCUCUCUGCAUCACAGCCAUCACCCUACAGAUUGUUCUAUGACUCCAUAUUGGAAAUGGGGAAACAUGGCUCAACCAGAGACGGGAGAAACUUCUAAUAGCUUGUGUAUGUGAAGCUAACUACAGUCUCCUCACCAUUAUGAAGGGCGUGAAGCCCUCUUCACUUGCUUUGCCACUGGCUAACUUUACUGUCUCGUCAGGUACCGGCUACGCCACUGCCUGUUCUCCCUGUGCCUUCAAGUUGUAUGUUUUGGUUACUGAUUUAUGUUAUCUUUGCGUUUUGUAUGUGUGUAUGAAUGUGUAUAUACACCCAGACAUCUGUUGUACUUCCAAUCAUAUAACAGGUUUUGUCAAUUAAACCAGUGUCUUGGUUUUCUCUUUAGAAA